AUGGUUGCUAACUCGUGGACAGCCGACCACAUGUGGACGCCUCAUCCUGUUCCUCCUGCCACGUAUCCAGUCUUAUUCGCCGAUGAAUAUGGCUAUCAAGCUGGAAAUCUUCUUUGGCGUGGCCGCUUCAAUGGAGGGAAUGAUACUGGACAGCCAGCCUCGGUUCACCUUCGCGUGAUCGGAGGAGCUGGCAGUGGCUACUCUGUGUACUUGAAUGGCAAUUUCUUGGGUGCAUAUCUCGGCAACCAUACCGUCAGGGAUGGCAACGUUACCCUUGGCUUCCAAAACGCCACAAUCAGAUCAGGGGCCGAGAACGUAUUGCUCGUUCUUCAAGACACUAUGGGCAAGGAUCAGAGAGAAGGAGCACUGGAUCCCCGUGGCAUCCUCAAUGCAACUCUCAUCUCGUCUUCUGGCGAUGCGCUCAGCUUCGACUCAUGGAGGAUUGCUGGAAAUGCUGGAGGAAACAAUCUCAUCGACUCUGUCCGCGGCACUUGGAAUGAGGGUGGUUUGUACGCAGAACGACUCGGUUGGCAUUUUCCCGGGUUUGACGACGCCGAGUGGGAAUCAGAACAUCCCUGGGACGGCUUCAGAGGCAGUGGCAUUCGAUUCUACCGCACCAAUUUGCCCCUAGACAUGCCGCGGGAUCACGAUCUUCGUGCCCAGCUGUACGUCAACGGGUAUCAAUUUGGGAAGAUCAUUCCUUGGUUUGGCAACCAGAUCGAGUUUCCAGUCUUUCCAGGUAUCUUGAACUACCACGGGGACAAUACUAUCGGUCUGAGCAUCUGGUCUAUGUCAGAGGAACAUGCCGCUGUCGACGUCAAAGUCAAGGUGCUUGGAGUUCACCGCUCGGCCCUGGAUCUAUCAUUCGACAGUAAUUAUUUGAGGCCACGUUGGUCCGACAGGUCACAGUACGCUUGA